UUUUAGGUCCGAGCCAACUUACGCACUAGGUUGUUGCCCUGUCGUCGUUGGUACGUCGUUAUUUUUACGCCUUAAUUUUUGUUUUUGAACUUGCUUGUUUUUUUUUUUUUUGGCUACGAUUUGAAGACGGAGUGAAAUAACGUCGAGGACUAUUUUUUUUGCAGAAGACCAUAAUUCACCAGGCCAAUCGGGAAUCCAUAAUGGUAACCAGAAAAAGAGGAAGACUUGUGAGUAAAGGCGUGGAUGCCAUGUGCUCAAGUCCUGAAGAAUGUGACAAUGCCUUAAACUUCGAAUCUACAAGUGCAAGCAAACACUCGUCACCAGAAAGUGAUUCACAUGACUGGGAACUGGACGAACUCCUGACGUCUGAUUUCAACCGGGCUUUAGAAGAUGAAAUGCUUUCUCCUUUCCAAGACAUUGGUUUACAAGAUCUGGGUUUAAAUGCAGAAGACAAGACGGAUCAGGAAUCUGAUGUGAGCAUAUCACACACCAGAGGUUCAAGUCGUAGACAGAAACUACAGGACUUUUCUGGGCGCAACAUUAAUAAGAAUGCCCUGGCAGCCAGAUUGAACCGGCUGAAGAAGAAAGAGUAUUUGAAUGGCUUAGAGCAGCGUGUUGGAUCUCUGACAUCUGAAAACCGGCUUCUCAAACAGGAAAACACCAGCCUGAACAAGAGAGUGGAAGAGCUUGAAAAUGAGACUAGGUACUUGAGAGCUGUGUUGGCCAAUGAAAGCAUGUUGGGGCAGCUGUUGUCUAGAUUGAGCGGUGUGAACGGCAUGAAAUUUUCUACGUCGCUUUUCCAGGAAUCCAGCGAGAACGACCACGAUUAUGCCAUGCCAAGGAAGAAAGUGAAGGUGGAGGACAAGGAUACAGCAGGUGGUGUCUGUCUGCACGUGGACAAAGACCACGUCUCUGUGGAAUUCUGCACUAAAUGUGCUGAGAGUGCAAGCGCAUCACUUAAAAUUUUUCUUCUAGGUGCUUGGUCUGCCAUGUGGGGUGACUGGAGCUCAGAGCAUCCAUGACUACCAGAACCUAUGUGGAUUUGCUGUGGGGAAAACUGAAGAAUCGGGACCAGCAUCUUGCAACAUGGCCUGGUAAAAUUAAAAAAGGUAGUACAAGAAGCAGUGUAAGUUAAAGUUUUUACUGCUACACCAUCAUGCUGCAUUUUAUUUGAUUAAAAAAAAUGCACCUUUCUAGUAUCAGUAUGCAAACCAGCAAACCAUUGCAGCAGAGUAAGUUAAAAAAACACUUUGGCUUCAUUUUCACAAUCAGAAAACAUGAAUAAGUUGUUUUGGGAGAGUGUGAUUUGUAUUUUGUUUAGAAGUUUAGAAGUGCAUUGUAUACAAGUCAAUGUGUUUGAAAUCCAAAGAUUGUUUAGGAUUUUGAAUCAGUAUCUGCAAAUAAAUCUUAUUUUUGUCAA